AGUGUGGGAGUGGUGGUUUUGAAGCUCUCCCUUUAAGAGGCAGCCUGCAGUGACGAAUUGUUGAAAUUGCCAUUGCAGGAUGGCAUUCCGCUAUAAAUUCAUUGUUCCACCUCCUCUCAUCUUCACAUUUCUCUCCGUUCUCCUCUUGUUCACAUCGACAGACUGGGGAUAACAACAACAACAACAGAAAAGAUACAGGGAGGCGGUUUUGACAAAAAUCCGGGACAGUUUCCGCUUCUAGGGUUUUUCUUUUUUUCUUUUUUUUUUUUUUUUAACCUUCUCACCGGAGACGAGAGGCGAUUUGUGGUGCCUGAAUUUCUUCUCUCCCCUUCUCCUCCUUCUCUUCAAAACAAAAGGGGGCAAAAGAAGGAAAGGGAGCCCACCGGAGCCCGAGAAAGUGCCGAGUCGCAGCAGACCUGCCCCCAGCCCCUGCUGCUGGUGCUGCUGGCGAUGAUCCGGUGACUACAGCAGAGAAGUGGAAGAGGAGUGGGAAGUGCUCAAACUUCUCUACUUGCCGGCUCCGAGCCUCCUCUCCUCCUUUUUCUCUCUCCCCGCCUUGCCUCCCCAGCAGCAGUGAUUUGGGAUUUUUUUGCCUCUCUCUCUCCUUCCAUGUGCUCCCAGCUCUUCCUUGCAGAGAAACACAAAGUUCACAAGCGAGCGGCUUUUGUUGACAUUUUUUUCUCUCCCACUCACACUUGAUUCGAGUUUGGGAGGGAGAACUUUUUUCUUUCUUUCUUCUUUUUUUCCCCCUUUUUUUACCCCCUUCCUAUUCCCUUCUCUCCUUCCCUUAACGACGCUGCCGCAUUCCGCCGACCGGCUCUUUUCCACUCCGCUCCCCAACUCCUGUUAUUAUUAUUAUUACUACUAUUAAUUACCACCACCACCCCGGCCGCUCCUGACGGCGAGGCAAGCAUGCUCCUGAGGCUGCUCUCCCUGCUGCUGGCCGCCGAGCUGCACCGCGCUCUGGCCCAGCCGCCGGCACCUGCCGCCGCCGUAGCGCCACCACCCCCCGCCGCCUCCCCGCACCCGCCGCCCCGGCCCCGGCCCGACCCUCCCCUCGGGCCGCCCCGCGGGGCCAGCGGCGUCGUGCAGCGCCUCGACCCGACCUACGCGGGGGGCGGCAAGGCGGGAUACGUCCUCUACGCGGGGGGCCAGCGUUUCCUCCUCGAUCUGGAGCGCGACGGGGCGCUGGGGCCGCGGGACGGCGGGCCGCCGCGCUGCUACUACCGCGGCACGGUGGACGGCAGCCCGCGCUCCCUGGCUGUCUUCAACCUCUGCGGCGGCCUCGACGGCUUCUUCGCCGUGGGCCGCUCCCGCUACACCGUGAAGCCGGCGCGGCGCGGCGGGGAGGCGGCCGGCCCGCACAUCUACGGGGAGGGCCCGGAACGCGCCCCGCACUUCUUCCGCAGGGAACGCUUCAGCUUCGAGACGGUGCCGGCCCGCACUAGCUGCGAGACCCGCGACCCGGCCGGGACGGCGGCGGCGGACAACGGGCGACGGCGGCGGCGGAGGCGUCGCUCCGUCUCCCGGGCCCGGCAGGUGGAGCUGCUGCUGGUGGCCGACGCCUCCAUGGUCCGCAAGUACGGGAAGGGGCUGCAGCACUACCUGCUCACCUUGGCCUCCAUCGCCUCCCGGCUCUACGCCCAUGCCAGCCUGGAGAACCACGUCCGCCUGGCCGUGGUGAAAGUGGUGGCCCUCGGCGAGAAGGAGAAGGGGCUGGAGGUCAACAGGAAUGCCGCCACCACUCUCAAGAACUUCUGCAAGUGGCAGCACCAGCACAAUCGCCUUGAUGAUGACCAUGAUGAGCACUAUGAUGCUGCCAUCCUCUUCACCCGCGAGGAUUUAUGUGGGCAUCAUUCAUGUGAUACUCUGGGAAUGGCAGACGUUGGGACCAUAUGCUCUCCUGAGCGCAGCUGUGCAGUGAUUGAAGAUGACGGCCUCCAUGCAGCUUUUACAGUGGCUCACGAAAUUGGCCACUUGCUUGGGCUUUCCCAUGAUGACUCCAAAUUUUGUGAGGAGAACUUUGGCUCCAUGGAAGAUAAGCGUCUGAUGUCCUCCAUUCUGACUAGCAUUGAUGCCUCAAAACCCUGGUCCAAAUGCACUUCAGCAACUAUAACAGAGUUUUUUGAUGAUGGUCAUGGUAACUGUUUGCUGGACCAACCAAGAAAGCACAUCCUGGGGCCCGAGGAGCUGCCGGGACAAACCUACGAUGCCAUUCGUCAGUGCAAACUGGCGUUUGGAUCUGAAUACACAGUGUGUCCCGGUAUGGAUGUGUGCUCUCGCCUCUGGUGUGCAGUUGUGCGCCAAGGUCAGAUGGUUUGUCUGACUAAGAAGCUGCCUGCUGUGGAGGGAACACCAUGUGGAAAAGGGAGGAUAUGCCUCCAGGGAAAAUGUGUUGACAAAACCAAGAAGAAAUACUACUCAGCUUCAAGUCAUGGUAACUGGGGGUCCUGGGGACCUUGGGGACAGUGCUCCCGUACCUGUGGUGGAGGAGUUCAGUUUGCUUAUCGUCACUGCAAUAACCCAGCUCCUAGAAACAAUGGCCGGUACUGCACUGGCAAGAGGGCCAUCUACCGCUCCUGCAACGUCACACCCUGCCCAGCAAAUGCUAAAUCUUUUCGACAAGAGCAGUGUGAAGCAAGGAAUGGCUAUCAGUCUGAUGCAAAGGGAGUCAAGACAUUUGUUGAAUGGGUCCCCAAGUACGCUGGAGUAUUUCCUGGAGACGUUUGCAAGCUCACCUGCCGAGCCAAAGGAACUGGAUAUUAUGUGGUGUUUUCUCAGAAGGUAACUGAUGGUACCGAAUGUCGACCGUACAGUAAUUCAGUCUGCGUGCGGGGAAAAUGCAUCCGAACUGGUUGCGAUGGCAUCAUCGGUUCAAAGCUCCAGUAUGACAAAUGUGGCGUGUGUGGAGGAGACAAUUCCAGCUGCACAAAAAUCAUGGGAACCUUUACCAAAAAGAGCAAGGGCUACACAGAUGUAGUGAAAAUCCCAGAAGGCGCAACGCACAUCAAAGUUCGGCAGUUCAAGACUAAGGACCAGAGCAGGUUCACUGCCUACCUGGCCCUGAAGAAGAAAAAUGGUGAGUACCUUGUCAAUGGAAAAUAUAUGAUCUCCACUUCAGAAACGAUCAUUGACAUCAAUGGGACUGUCAUGAACUACAGCGGCUGGAGUCACAAAGAUGAUUUCUUGCACACAAUGGGACACUCUGCGACAAAAGAGAUUCUUAUCGUGCAGAUACUUGCGACUGAUCCAACUCAACAAGUGGAUGUCCGUUAUAGUUUCUUCGUGCCAAAGAAGCAAGGGCAAAUGACCAACUCUGUCACCAGCAGUGGCAACAGCAGCAAAGUACCUCCACAGCUCAUGCAACCCCGCUGGGUUACGGGGCCGUGGCUUUCUUGUUCUCGAACAUGUGACACAGGAUGGCACACCAGGACUGUCCAGUGCAAAGAUGGGCAUGGAAAAUUAGCUAAGGGAUGUCUUCUCCCCCAGAGACCAUCAGCAUUUAAACAGUGCUUGUUGAAAAAAUGUUAACCUGUGGUUGUGAUCUUCUUUACAAGAGGUUCGAUUAAGCCAUUGUUGACAUAUUGGUAUUAGGUCUGCCCAGACAGAGAGAAGCGAAGGCUUCAAUGUACUUACAUACAGUCUCAAAUUAUGGGCAGAAUCUGCCUAUUUGGACCAAAUGAAGAUGUGCACUGCUUUAAAUAAUAGUAGGGUGAUCUUAAUAUGUCAAAAAACUAAGCAUCAAAGUUGUUACAAGCCCUCUGUGUCUGCAAAAAUAUAAAAUAAAAUAAUGCAAAAGAAAUAAAACUAGUGAAUGGAGGAUCCUGGGAUAUUUGAAGGUUACAGAAUCAUCUCCCCUUUUUCGCCUACCUCUAAUACAGUAUAUCCUUAGAAAACAUCACAUGUACCCAUGAUACCACAGUAGCUUAUUUUAUACUGUUUUGUAAAUAUCUUUCAUUUGGUAUGUCACUUUAUAUCACUUGGUUCUAUUAAAAAAUCA